UGCCGGAGGAGAGCCGGGGGAAAAGACGCUUUUUUUUGCAGCAAAAGACGCAGUGGAUCCCCCACUAUCUCGCUCGCAUUUGCAUUGGCCGCACGCAACAAAUUAAAGAAGAAGAAACCAACCUCCUGACCUGAGAGACCACACUUCUGGCCUUGAGUUCGUCUUCUUCUAUAAAACGCGGCACGAGCUAGCGUGUGUCCGCCACACUACUGCUACUACUCCUGCUUAUAUAUCACGAUCGAUCGAGUCACUCCUCCGAUCCGAUCAUACUCAUACUACACAACACAUCGCCAUGGCCAUGAUGAGCAGCAUGGACGGCGGCAGCAACAACAUCAUCGGCAAGCAGGUGUCCACCGUGGUGGACGCCGAGAACCCGGCGACCACCAUCGUCGUGGGGGCGCCGCCGUGCGCGGUGGUGGUGGACUCAGACGACGACGACGACGACCUGUCGCAGCGCGGCAACUGGCUGCGCGCGGCGGUGCUUGGCGCGAACGACGGGCUGGUGUCGACGGCGUCGCUGAUGCUGGGCGUGGGCGCCGUGAAGGCGGACGCGCGCGCCAUGGUGAUCUCCGGGUUCGCGGGCCUGCUGGCGGGCGCGUGCAGCAUGGCCAUCGGCGAGUUCGUGUCCGUGUGCUCCCAGCGCGAAGUGGAGCUGGCGCGGCUGGACCGCGACGGCAAGCGCGGCGGCGAGGAGGAGAAGGCGCUGCCCAGCCCCGUGCAGGCCGCCGCGGCGUCCGCGCUGGCCUUCUCCGUGGGCGCGCUCCUGCCGCUGCUGGCCGCCGGGUUCAUCGCCGACUACAGGCUGCGGAUCGGGGUGGUGGCCGCCGUGGCCACCGCCACGCUGGCCGCGUUCGGAUGCGUCGGCGCCGUGCUGGGGCGCGCCCCCGUGGCGAGGUCGUGCGCGCGCGUCGUCGUCGGCGGCUGGGUCGCCAUGGCCGUCACCUUCGGGCUCAUGAGGCUCUUCAAGGCCAGCGGCAUAUGAAGGCCAAAAGGACCGGAGGCGUACGUGGCCAGGGCGGGUCUCUCAUCCCAAUAUUCCAUCCGGCCAUCCAUCACGCUUCUGGUGUGUCGAUCGAUCAGUCGGGUGGGUCGGUUCGGUAGUGUCUCUGCUGCUGCUAGCUCUGCUUCCUUCCUUUGUCAUCCGAUCCAUGCCGGCCCUUGUUGCUUCCAUGCGUGCAUCUCCUAGCUAACCAUGCAUAAGAAAUAAUAUAUAUAUAUGCUAAAUAGUAGCAACUAGUAUAUGAUUGAUAUAUAUGAUGCACGCACGUGUGUGCUACUAUAUAUAGCUUGAUCAAUCAAUCCCCUUGCUAGUUGCAUCUCGUCUAUGCGUUGCGUUGCAUGUGCUGCUGUUGAACACCGAUCGAAGCUUGCUUUGUUACCAUGCAUGCAUGCAGAUCUCAGCUAGGUUUUGAGCUAAUGUAAUACACCAUAUAUAUAUAUAUCAUGCUUGUAUUGGCCUAGCGAAGCUAGCUAGCUACUCCGAUGAUCCAAAGAUCGAUCGAGUGAUCCAUAUGCAAGACUAAGGCAUGCAUGUGUGUAAACAUUAUAUAUAAUAUAUAUUUUCCGAGUUUGUUUAUGUAUGCCUCAUGCAAAUUUAAAGUAAGUUUGUCA